GUCUCUGACCAUCGGAUGUCAACAGCAGUCCGUCGAUCCAGAGGAGACACAUCGAGGAGAUACUCUUACUCACACAGAGUUUCCAUUUAUCAUAAAGCACAAUGUCUGAGAGCGAAGGACUUCAGCACAUCCGCAGCCCUCUUCAACCUCCAGCAGCAAUAUUAGUAUGUGUCCAGGUGAUCAUGGGGGUCAUGCCCAUCGCUCAGAUAGUCAUAGGAGCAAUAUAUCAGCAUGACUGUCCGAGGCAGCCCUACAUCCCCAUCUACCUGUUGGUGAUGGGCGUCGUCUCCCUGCUGCUGACCGUGCUCUCCAUCCUGCCCUGCUGUGCCAACUUUGGGAAUCAAAGCAAGACCUGGAGCUGCUUCGUCUCUCUCUUCUUCUUCUGCUGGUUCAUCGCUGGUAGGCUAAAAGGCUGAAAGACUGGAGUGGUUGUCCAACAAAUGUAGAAUCAAGACUUUGACCCAGGGCACUGUGUGGAUUUAUUCCAUCUAUGAACCCAACUAUAACAGGACGAUUUCCAGCCUGGACACCUACUGCAACAAGACGCUCUACCUGUUUGCCUUCUGGACCACCAACCUCUUCUACAUCCUGUUGGGUUUCAUCAUUUUCUGCAGCUGUUGCUCAUGUCUCCUGUGUGGCAACGAAUAAACACACACAUGGAGUGGUCGGUGGAUGGAAUGACAGUAAACAUAAGAAUAUUUGACCGUGUUUUGAUGAUGUUUGAUUUUGCCUUUAAAGUGUGCUAUUAGAUUUUGUUUAAAGAACAGUAGAAAGGAGAGUCUUACAUC